AUGUUCCUUAUCAACUGGUUCUUUGAUGUCUUGGCCUCUUUAGGUCUUGUGAACAAGAAUGCAAAGAUCCUAUUUUUAGGAUUAGACAAUGCAGGAAAGACGACUUUGUUGCACAUGUUAAAGAACGACCGUCUGGCUACUUUGCAACCAACACUACAUCCUACAUCGGAAGAACUCUCUAUAGGAAACGUACGUUUUACAACUUACGAUCUCGGUGGACAUCAACAAGCUCGUCGUCUCUGGAAAGAUUACUUCCCUGAAGUAUCAGGGAUCGUUUUUAUGGUGGAUACUCAAGAUCACGACCGUUUUAUAGAGGCUAAAACCGAAUUGGAUGCACUACUUUCCAUUGAACAGCUUUCGGACGUUCCAUUUUUGAUUUUGGGUAACAAAAUUGAUGCACCUGGGGCUGUAUCCGAGGAAGAGUUAAGGCAGGCCUUAGGCUUAUAUCAUACUACUGGACAGGGUAAAGUGCCCUUAAAAGAUAUUCGUCCGAUUGAGGUGUUUAUGUGCUCAGUGGUCAUGAGACAAGGCUAUGGGGAAGGUUUUCGUUGGUUGUCACAGUAUAUGUAA